UCCGAGUCUCUCGCUUAUUGUCUGCGCGAGUCGGUUCGGCAUAUUUCUUCAGCUAGGUGUAUUAUUCUAGGGUUUGGGGGUUUCAUUUCGUCGAAUUCCGAUUAGGAGGUCGACAGAGAGAUCGCUUGGUCGGUUGUGUAGCAGGAUAUCAGACAUUCAACUGGGUUUCUGGUGUUAUUCCUUUGUAAAUACUGUUAUUUGUAUAUACUGUAAAUGAUGACGUCGGUGGGCGGAAACCGAGCCCGCGGCAGCUGGGAGCAGCAGACACAGACAGGCCAGACACAGAGCCAGACACAGCACAAGCAGAGGCCUCAGGCCACUGCUGAGCAGAUCCGACUCGCGCAGAUGAUUUCGGACCACAAUGAUGCUGACUUUGAAGAGAAGGUUAAGCAGCUGAUUGACAUCACAGGCAAGGACCAGGAUGAGUCCAUGAUUGCGCUGCACGACUGCAACGGGGAUGUCAACAGAGCCAUCAAUGUUUUGCUGGAGGGAAGCCCAGAUACCGACUCCUGGGAGAUGGUGGGGAAGAAGAAAGGCAUGUCGGGUCAAAAGGAGCCUGGGCAGGGUGAGACCGGAGAGGAAGGGAAGGAGAACCGGGAGAGAGGAGCCGAGAGGGAUGUGGCACGUCGUAGGGGCGGGGCCCCGCGCAGGGGCCGAGGAGCCAGCAGAGGGCGUGAGUUUCGUGGACAGGAGAAUGGUCUGGAUGGGGGGAAGGCUGGUGGAAUACCAGGCAGGGGAACAGAACGAGGCCGUAGGGGGAGAGGCAGAGGCCGAGGAGGAGAGCGGGAACGAGGCAGGCGGGGGGGCAGGUUUUCGGCGCAGGGCAUGGGCCAGAUUGAUAAGGGGCCCAGAUAUGAUUUUUCAGGAGACGAGAGGACAUUCAACCCGGCAGACUAUGCCGAGCCGGCCCAGACAGAGGAGAGUUACGGCAGUGGAACAACCUGGAACAACAGGGGCAACCUGGAGCCAGAGGAAGGAGCCAGGAUUGAGUACUCGGCAGGAGUAGAGGGAACCAGUUACCAACCCAAGUUUGAAUCUGCCCCUGGUGCAUGGAGGUCUGCUACAGAAGAGUGGGGUACUGAGGAUUGGAAUGAGGAUCUGUCUGAGACCAAGAUUUUCACGUCCUCGAAUGUGGCCUCUAUGCCCCUCCCCAUGGAGAAUGUCCCUACCAUCACUGCAGGACAGAGGAUUGAUCUGGCGGUGUUGCUGGGGAAGACUCCCCCAUCCUCCUCCUCUGAGGCCACAGGCCCAAUGGAGGCCAGUCAGCCCCCAUCCCUCCCCCAGUCACUGGUCUUCAGCAAUUCCAAGCAGGGUGUGCCGCUGUCCAAACCUCCGUCCAGCAGCACCCCCUACACCCAGCACAGCAUGGUGAACAUGCUCAGCAAGGGCUUUGGGGAGGUUGGGGACCCUAAAGGAGGCAGCACAGGAACAACUAGCGGCUCCCAGUUUUUGGAGCAGUUCAAGACGGCCCAAGCCUUAGCGCAGCUGGCCGCCCAGCACUCCCAAGCAGUACAGCCUAGCACCAGUCCUUCUUCCUGGGACACCGGCCCCGCAGCGCUGAGCCAGUAUGACAUGAAGGCACAACCAGAGCCUACGGUCCACAGCCCCUUCACUAAGCGCCAGCCCUACCAACCCACCUCCUCAGCCUCCAUGUUGGAGGCUUUUCUCCCCACCUCUUCCGUCUCCUCUUCCUCCUUGACCCCACAGAGUGCCGCCUCAUCCCAAACAGCGCCCUCAGUCCAUCCCAAGAUGGCAGCGCCCAACCUGGGGCAGCAAGUUUCGUCUAGCUCGUCAGACGCCCAGGGCUCCAGCCCCCUGCCACUACAGCAGCACAAACUCAAGCAGCAGAAGAAGAAGACCUCAAUCACAACAAAGAUCCCAGCGACGGCGGUGGAGAUGCCAGGCUCUGCAGACAUCUCCGGGCUUAACCUGCAGUUUGGGGCUCUGCAAUUUGGCUCUGAACCUGUGCUCUCGGAGUAUGACAGCGUUGCAGCCGCCACCACCACUAGCAGCCAGGUUCAAAACAGCCUUUACACAAGCUCAAGCAGCGAGGCAACGCCCUCCCUCUCUAACCCCAGUCAGAUGGACUUGUACGAGCAGAGAGGUCCACAGGUGCGACGCUAUCCCACCUCCGUCUCCUCCUCCCCACAGAAAGACAUGCAGAACAAGAAUGGCUUCAAUUCUGUACAGACAACACAAUCUGUGGAAGCUGCAGCAGGCUCUGCAGUGUCUGUAAAGUCGGCCUCUGAUUCGGCUACGCCCGCGUCAGUCUCCAUGGCUACUUUGACUGAGAGUGCCUCAGGCCCUUCCUCCAAUCAGUCAUCACUCAGUGCUCUGGGGCACAAUGAGGAGCUCCCCUCUAAUACCAUGCCCCCAACUCAGCACAGCAAUUCACCUUCUACACAACAGAACAGCCUUGCUUUGUCUCAAACCCGCACAUCCAACGCCAGUCUAAUGACUGACGACUCCAGCUUGCUCUCCUCCUUCCCCCCCUCAAACACGACGGUGGCCUCUUCCUCCGUCCCCUCGUCCUCCGUCCCCUCCCCUGCGCAGCAGGUCACCAUGGGGGCACCUCAGGCUUCAUCGGUAAACACAGCGUCCCAGUCGGCUCCCUCAGCCAUGGGCCCGGUUAACAGCCUAGCGGCCAUGGGUCUCAACACGGUGGCCUCCAUGGGGCCGCCCCCCGUCAUCUCAGCAGCCAUGUCCACAGCGGCCCAGGCCAUCGCUUCCUCCACCUCACGCAGCUCUGCAGUCUCCUCAGGUCUCUUUACAGGGAAAGCGCCUCCUAACCUUCCCCCUGGAGUGCCGCCUCUGCUGCCCAACCCGUACAUCAUGGCCCCUGGACUGCUGCAUGCCUACGCUCCUCAGGUGUACGGCUAUGAUGACCUACAGAUGCUGCAGACAAGAAUACCACUGGACUAUUACAGCAUCCCAUUUGCGACUCCCAACACGGCACUGACAGGCAGAGAUGGCAGCCUGAGCAACAACCCGUACUCUGGUGACUUGUCUAAGUUUGGCCGAGGUGAUGCAUCAUCCCCAGCGCCAGCCACAACGCUGGCCCAGCAGACACAGCAAAACCAGAGUCAGACACAUCACACCACCCAGCAACCCUUCCUCAAUCCUGCGCUACCCCCAGGCUACAGUUACACAAGCCUGCCCUACUACACUGGUGUUCCGGGCUUGCCCAACACCUUCCAGUAUGGCCCUGCCAUGUUCCCGGUGGCUCCUACCUCAUCAAAACAGCAUGGUGUGAAUGUUGGAGUCAACGCCACAGCCACUCCCUUCCAACAGGCCAGCGGCUACGGUUCCCAUGGUUACAACACUGGCUAUGAGGAUAUGGGCCAGGCUUCGGGGAGUGGGGAUUUCUGUAAGGGUGGAUACGGCACUGCCGUGGCUGCCUCCGCUUCCGCGCAAAACAAGCCAGCCAGCUCUGUCAGCGGGCCUGGAGUCGGAGUCUCUGUGACGUCAAGCAACACCGGGGUCCCAGACAUUUCAGGCUCGGUUUACACAAAGACGCAGCAGCAGCAGUCGUUUGAGAAGCAGGCUUUCCACGCUGGCACACCGGCAGCUUCCUUCAGCCUACCCUCGGCCCUGGGCAGCGGUGGGCCCAUUAACCCGCCGGCCGCCGCCGGCUACGCUCCGGCACCCUUCAUGCACAUCCUGGCACCACACCAGCAGCCCCACUCUCAGAUCCUGCAUCACCACCUUCAGCAGGACGGACAGAGCGGCACUGGACAACGCAGCCAGAACGCUUCCCUUCAACAAAAGACCCAGAUCAACAAGUCUGCUGCGUACAACAGCUAUAACUGGGGGGCCAACUAACACCCACGCAUUAUCUGGCCUCCCCUUCCCCACAAAUGGUCUCCAUGAUGUGUGUGUCUCUCUUGCGUGUCUCUCUUGCGUGUCUCUCUUGCGUGUCUCUCUUGCGUGUCUCUCUUGCGU